UUGUUUUCGGUGUCGGUAAAGAUGGCGGCCCGCAGCAUGUGAAGAGGACAGAUUUAAAACCAGGCGUUUAGCUGCACAGUCAUGUACAACUCGCCAUGCAGAAAGCUGACAGGUCUGGUUGGUGUUAGCAUUCUCCAGAGUCUUGAAAAUGCAGCCCAGGCAAGGCUGUGCUCCCAUAACCUUGUUCAACUAUGCAGGUCCUCCUGCAGCAAAUGGAUUACCUUCCAUCACUGUAACUUUCUCAAGCGCCAGUAUGUCACAAACACAGCCGGUGCAUGUCAGCAUGCAAAGCCAAAGCAGGAAGCACUGACCACUCCGCUGGUGGAGCGGCAUCCGCAUUUACAAGAUGAAACAGUUAUUCGUCACGUCCAGCAGACUUCAGCAGUCGACCGACAUCCUUCCAGGGUACAGUUUCCUAAGAAGACCCCCACUCAGGAUACAGAGGGGGCCAGCUCGGACGAGGAUCCUUCCAUUGCUCAGGAGACCAGACAGUGGAAGGAAAUCAAGGUGAUGCUUGGGGACCUACCAGGAAUCUACGCAAGACUGUCUAAAAUCAGGCUGACAGCCUUGGUUGUCAUGACUGCAUCAGCUGGCUAUGCUAUGGCUCCGGUGCCCUUUGAUCCCAGCUGCUUCCUCCUUGCUUCCCUGGGAACGGGCCUCGCUUCCUGUGCUGCCAACUCCAUCAACCAGUACUUUGAGGUUCCCUUUGACUCCAACAUGAACAGGACCAAGAACAGGCCACUGGUUAGAGGCCAGAUCAGCCCUCUCCACGCAGUGAGCUUUGCUGCAGCCUGUGCAGUUCCUGGCAUCACCCUGCUCGCCCUGACAGUGAACCCUCUAACGGGAGCCCUGGGUGCCCUAAACCUCUUCCUGUACACCUGCUGCUACACCCCCCUGAAGAGGGUGAGCAUCACCAACACCUGGGUGGGCGCCGUCGUUGGAGCGAUCCCUCCUGUUAUGGGCUGGACAGCGGCCACAGGCAGCCUGGACGUGGGUGCCCUGCUCCUGGGAGGGAUCCUGUACUCCUGGCAGUUCCCUCAUUUCAACGCUCUCAGCUGGAAUCUGCGGGAGGACUACUCCAGGGGAGGCUACCGCAUGAUGUCCGUCACCCACCCAGCGCUCUGCCGGAGAGUGGCACUGCGGCACAGCCUGGCCCUCACCGGACUGUCUGUCCUGGCGCCGGCCCUGGACGUCACCAGCUGGACCUUCCCACUCAUCUCCCUCCCUGUCAACCUGUACAUCAGCUACCUUGGGUACGGCUUCUACAGAGAUGCGGACCGCAGCAGCGCCCGCAAACUCUUCUUCUGCAGCCUCUGGCACCUGCCCAUGCUGCUGCUCCUCAUGCUCACCUGUAAGAAACACAGAGUGGACAAGGAAGGCGAAUCCGUGGCUCACAGUUAACUGGCGUGGCACACGAAAACCACUGAGGCGUUUAUUUUUUAAAAUAUCAUUUUACCAAACAAACGAUGAUGUGUCCAUGUGUUAAUCAAGGAGAAAAAUACUUGUUUGUGGAUACAUUGAUACAGAUAUUCAGAGGGUGGGAAUUUAUGUUCUCAUAACCUUGUUGACACACGCUGCUUCCAAGCCACAGCUAUUGUUUUUUUUCAAUAGAUCCAGUACCAGUUGGAAUAUGAAGGGUACUCACGUAUUAGGUAACAAGCAAUAUGCACAGGAUUUGCUUUGUCCAUAUAACCUCCCUCCCUUACAGUUACAGCAUAUACUUCAGGGAAUGUUUAUUGCAAUACGAAGCCCAGCUUGUGCGAUUCAAUUUGACAGUUAACACACUGUAUUGCGGAUUUCUUUGAGGUCUGUUAGUUUGGUCCUUGUUUGUUACACAGAAGACGAUGAUCGUGAUAACAACACAUAUGAAAGCUGCAUAGAUUCUCAAAUUAUUGAUUUUUUUUUUUGGUCUCUGCAAGCUUGUAAUUAACUGUUUUUAUAUAACUUAAAUACUUAAGGCACUGAUUAAAACUUGGACAAAGUAAUUGGCCUUGACUAGAAAACGCAUAAACGGGUAUAAUGUGUGAACCACCAAAUAUGACCCUUAAUAAAAUACCAUACAUGAUUUUUUAAAAUUUUUUGGAGGGGGUUGUCUUUGUUUUUAACACAGAAAUCUCAGCCUAGAUGGCUGUGCUAUUCUCUCAUAAACUCUGUCUAAAGUAUUGUCUUUCAGUACUCUAGUUUGGCCUCUGCUUACCAGAUCUUCAUUCAGAAGGACCAGGACAGUCACAGCUGUUGCUAUGUACAGUACUAAAGCAAUCUCCAGAUGAAAAUCAGUCUUGUGCCAACAGAAGAUCUGUAAUCACUCUACCACACCACUUGCGGCAUCAUAAGUAUUCCAGAUAUGUUGUUGUAGUCGCUAUGGUCAAGCAUGUCAAGUGGUUUUGUAGUCCACAUCUUGCAGUUAUUACUUCUUCGCUGUGGUUUAUCUAGAGCCUUCACUUUAAAUUCAGUACCUUUUACAUUUUACUUUGCUUUUAUCUUUUUGUGACUUGCAAGUACUAGAAAUACGUAUCUUUGUAUCUUUGUUCUGUUGUGCCCCUGGAAAAGAAGUGCUGACACUGAUAUCCACACAGCUCACAGAAUGUAGAACAGCUUCCAAAUUAUAGUUCUGUUACACGUGCCCCCUGCAAUUGGGAACAUGUACAGUAUAUGUUAUGUGUGUUAACAAAAAAUCAAGUGCUGCAUUCUAAAAUGAUGAUUUCCCCAAAUGAUAUUUCUGUGGCAAAAAUUAUGUUCAAAACUUGUGGUGCUUUACUGAAUAUAUAUAAACUAACUCUGGUGCAAGCUACAUAGGACGUCCCCUGAAGGAUACUUAAGGGUUAAGGGGAAUUAAAAUCACUGCUGAAUCAUUUAAUCAACAGCAUUUACAAAAAAGGAAAACUGAAGACUUCACUGCUUUCAAUGGUGUGAUCUCUUAAGUCUGAUGCUAAAUCUGUUUGCAAAAGAUCAGUCUACAGUGUGCUCUUGGGUAAGCACUAAACAUUUGAAGAAUGUGCUGUAUUAUCUUGUGCUUUGGUGUAUAGGCUGAAUACAGGCCCACAGUUUAAUAUAGUUAAGGGUGUGCAUCACAGACUUGGAGUACAACAACAGAGUGUUGGUUUAAGAUUAGGAUACAAGCGCUUCAGCAACAAUGAUUUACAAGUUAAUGGUGGUGUUCAUACUUUAUUAAGAAAGUAAAAAACAAUAAUUGUAUAAGCUGCUGCAUUAAUCACUGUUAUAAACUGUACUUCAAACCCUUUCCAGAAUAUUGCAUGUACAGUUUUAAAAACCUGCCACAGUCAACAGCCCCCAUAAGAUGUAUGCAUGCGUAAAUAUUAUUCAGACCCCCAGGCACACAUCAAAACCGAAACCUUAUGUCCGAGGCAGGGGUACAUGCUGGGUCCCAUUGAUUGCAAAUACAGGACUAAAGUGUACAAGAAGUCUAUACUUUCACACUUACCAGUGGCCGGAUACACUGCACAGAAAUGGCAUUUCAAUGCAGUGAUUGCCUUACUGUUACUACAGGCACACUGGAAUUCAACCAGCAUGGUGCUGGCGCACGCUGCUUAACGUUUGCACGAUGAUACAUGACACGGUUUGCAUCGAGUCAAUUACAAGAGCAUUGUGUGUUUGUGUGUGGUUAAUUACCGAAAUACUGG